UUAAACUUGAGGAAAAUGUUCAAUCAUGUAUCUCUAAGGACAUUCACUUCGCUCCAGGACCAUGCUUACCCUAUUUGCUCUAGUUCAGCGGCUCACUUUGCUGCAGUCCGAAAUGACGACUGCCGCUUUAAGAAAGGUCAGAGUUCACCGCUGCACGUGGUUGAACCAACAUGGCUGCGCCCUGCGCGUUUGUGCAGUAAAGUGGAAGUUAAUUUAAGAAGCAGGAAGAUGGCAGAUGUUAGUGGCAGCCCAGCAGCUGAUCCUGCAGCCUCCAAGGAGGAGAAGCCUGCUGAGCUCCCCCAGGACCCCAACAGUCACGAUGGUGGUGUCAAGUCUGAUCCCAAAGCUGAGGAGGGAGAGAACGAGGCCGCCUCUGACCCCGGCAUGUACCGAUACAUCAAGCAGGACCUCUUCACAUCUGAGAUCUACAAAGUUGAGAUCAGGAAUCUCCCCAAGUUCUGCGGCUUCAACGACCUGAAGAAGUUCCUGGCCAAGCACAGCCUCAACCCGCACAAGAUCAAGCUGUUCGGCAAGCAGACGUUUGCCUUCGUCACCUUCAAGAAUGAGGAAGAGCGCGACAAGGCCAUGAAGAUGGUUCAUGGCAUGCAGUGGAAGGGCCAGGUGCUGAGCGUCAGGCUGGCCAAACCCAAGGCCGACCCCAUCCUGAGGAAGAGGAAGCAGGAGGAGGGAGAGGGCGCGGGAGGCCAGCCGCCAUCCAAGCGGGGAGAGGGGGAAGAGGAAGAGGAGCCGCUCAGCGUGCAGAUAAACAACGUGGUGACUCCUCUGUGGAAGGUGCCUUAUGAGGAGCAGCUGAGGAGGAAGGAGCAGGAGGUGGUGGGGGUUCUGCAGAGGCUGGCCAAAGAGAUUGGCAGCACCAACAAAGCCCUGGUGCCAUGGCUGUUUGCACAGAAAGGGAAAUACAACAAAAUGUGUUGUCCCCUGGAAGCUAUCCGACCAUCUCCUACACAGACGGAGUACAGAAACAAGUGCGAGUUCCUCAUUUCAGUGGGUGCAGACGGCGAGGAUAAGACCAUUGGUUUCCGCCUCGGAAAGUAUAAAGGCGGCUCCUGCGCUGUAGUCGGCCCAGCAGACACGUGCCACGUCUCAGUCGAGGCCAAGAGAGUGGUCAGCGAGUUUCAGAAGUUCAUCAGGACAACACCAUACUCUGUGUACAGUCCUGAAACAUAUGACGGACACUGGAAGCAGCUGACUGUACGGACUACAAGGACCAAACAGGCUAUGGCUAUAGCGUUCUUCAACCCACAGAAACUUGAUGAAGAGGAAAUCAGUGCAUUAAAGAGCUCCAUGAAGAAGCACUUCACGGAGGGAGAGGGGAAAGACAGCGGAGUAACAUCUCUUUACUUUGUCAGAGAGGGUCAAAGGACUUCUCCUAACCUGGAGGACUUGCCCUGUGAGCUGGUGGCUGGAGAGAGCAGCAUUCAUGAGGAACUUCUGGGUCUAAAGUUCAGAGUAUCUCCUCAUUCAUUCUUCCAGGUGAACACAGGCGCUGCAGAGGUGCUGUACUCGGCGGUGGGGGAGUGGGCCCAGCUGGAUCAGGACAGCACAGUGCUGGAUGUGUGCUGUGGGACAGGAACCAUCGGCAUCUCUCUGGCUAAGAGGGUUAAAAAGGUGAUUGGGAUUGAACUGUGCCAGGAGGCAGUGGAGGACGCCAAAGUUAAUGCAAAGCUCAAUGGUCUGAGCAAUGUUGAGUUUCACUGUGGGAAAGCUGAGGAUGUGUUCCCCAACAUUCUCAAUGCUCUUGUAUCACCUAACAUCACAGCCAUUGUAGAUCCGCCGAGGGCAGGCCUGCAUUCCAAGGUGAUACUUGCCAUCAGGAGGGCUGAGCAUCUGAAGAGGCUGGUCUAUGUAGCAUGCAAUGCGAAGGCCGCCAUGAACAACUUCAUCGAUCUAUGCAGAGCGCCAUCCAACAGAGUUCAUGGGGCCCCGUUCCGUCCGGUGCGAGCCAUGUCUGUGGAUCUGUUCCCUCAGACCAUGCACGUGGAGAUGCUUCUGCUGCUGGAGAGAGUGGACUACAAUUCCCAGCAGAGCAGCACUCAUGAAACAACAGUGUCUUAGCUUUAGAAAUCAAUGCUGUACAGUUUGAUAGCGGUAACAUGGGCUCUCCACACUAGGAAUGUCUGCUCAGCCUCACUACGUAUUACAAUGGCUCUCUUCUCUUAUUUGCAUAACAUUAAAACGGUCAGUUCCUUAAAAUUACAUAACAAUUAACUGCGCCUAUUAAGUCCUUAUUUUUCUUAACUAUUAAUCUCCGCCUCAGAUAAACUCUUGGUUUUAUCACAGUAUGCACUGUAAUGUUUACAGACCAUUUGCCUUUUCCAUCUUUGUAGUUUCUUUUGUCAGCUGUGUUCAUUCAAAAGUGGUUAUUUUAAGCUUUGUCAAGACUGAAGCUACAUGGAUUUUAUUUUAAGUUUUUGGCUUCCUAACACUGACGUAACUGCAGCACACAUUAGGGCACUAUGGAAUAAAUUGAUUUACUAUUGAAGUGCCUCCUCAGUUUAACUCCUUUCCUUUAUCAUUCUGCUACUGAAUAAAUAAAAAGUCAUUCCA